AUGGCCUUCCUCGAGGACCCGCGUCUGCGGCAGCGCUGGAACCAGAUCAGCCACAAUGCCGAGGCCGUCACCGAGAACGCGGCCGCUGGAAUCUGGACCUUCCAGCACCGCUACAUCAACCCGUGCCUGGCGUCCGUCGCGCAGAGCCUCGACAGCUGCACGGCGCCGUGCUUCGGCGAUCGCGAGGAGCGCGCGCGGAGGGCGAGGGAGCGGGAGCGUGGCGCCAGAGGCAGCCGCGCCGAGUUCAACUUCGACUUCUACGAUGACUGGGACGACGACGACGAGCUGCUCGCGUCCGGUGGGUUCGGUGGUGGCUCCGGCGGGAUCCUGGGCACGUGGGGAGGCGCGAGGAGCGAGGACUGGGACCGCCUGCUCGCUGGGACGGGCAGCUCGAGGAGUCGGCAUACCGCAGGCGGCGAGGUCGCAGAUCAGCCAAAGAGGAAGAGGGGGAUGAGUUAUGGCACGAGAGGUGCGCGGCGGAAGUCAACUGAGCAGGACCCAACCAUCAUCCCAAGCACAGCGCCCCUAGGUUUCCUCGGCAAGCUGCCGUGGAAGAUUGGAGGCACAUUGCGCUACAAGCCCAGCGCGGCAAAUCUACAAGACAACCCCGGAGGAGCAACGCAAGCAGAAUCAGCAGAGCACGAGCCAUUGCUCGGCUCAGAAGACGAUGACGAUUUUCGACACUACGGAAUCAAAACGCAUUCGCGGAAACGGAGCGGCACGACAGGCUCUGGGGAGACGUCAGACUCGUUCAGGUCGAGAAACGACCUCUUCCCGAGUGACGGCGAAGGCGAAGAGGACGCUGUGCCAUUGGAUGAUGAGUUUGCGGUCGCUCUAGAUAAAGUGGAUGACCGCGGCAGCAACAAAACACGAAGCAUAAGCGGAGCGAGCGGGAAGGGCAAGAAAAUCAUGUCUAGAUCAGCCUCCAGGGGAACAUUAUCGUCGAAUCCGUCACGAUCAUCACUGAACAUACGAAAAAGUUCAGCAUCGCUGGCCAAUCUGGAAGAUUCUAUCCAUGCUCCGUCUCUAGAAGAACUUCAAAGAGAGGAAGAGGAGAUGAGAAUCGAAGAAGACCAAGAGGUUGAGCGAAAGCGGCACGCAGCGGCUCAACUAGCGCUCGAGAGGGGACUGAAGAAGGAUGAGGUCGUCUCGGAAUCUGUCACGGAGACGAAACCUGAGAUUGUCCACGUCGAUGACAUACCAGAGCCAGAAGAGCCUGAGCAGGUCGUCGUAGAUGAGGCUCAUGGAGAUACACCUGGAGUGGAUGAGACUCCCACGCAGUCAGGGAGAGAGUCUUCAUCUCAGGCCGCAGGUCCGAGUGAAGACUUUGUGCCCGCGCGGUUACCACAUUUCAGGUAG